CAGUGUACGUCCGCCAGUCGUCCAGCGCAAGACUACGCCGCCGCCUGCCUGUUCUCCCCCGCUUACUAUACACACACUCACCGCAUAUAUAUAUAUAUAUAUACCAUCGUGCGCGCACUCCCUCGCUCACUCGAUCCCUCACAGUCGUCACUCGCUCACUCGCACACGCGCGCGCAACACGCCCGGCCGCCGACUACCGCUCUGCCGCGCAUGACGAAAUAAAUAAUAAACAAUAAUACCACCGCCGCAGAUCACAACUCGCGUACAUUAUUGUACCAUAUAGUCAAGCGUACCGUCGUUACGUUUUUAUUAUACUCCCGACGCAGGCACCACACACGCUCCGCGUACGCAGUCCGCCGCCGUACCGCUCGCCGACCGACGUAUACCGCUCCACAGCUCUUCAGCACACGCGUUUUCCACUGACCAGUUAUCCACGCACACACAAGAUGAAGUGUUUAAGUAUCAUAAUGGUUAGCCUGUUGUUAGUUGCCAUUGCAAUGGUCAGCUCAAACGAAACUGGACUGAACGAACAAUCUUUGAACCGUUUGGCCAGAGCUGCCAAUGGCGGAAAAGAAACCAACUGUCAUUACGAAAAGUCACAGUGGUCCCCGUGUGAUGAAAAGACCAAUGUAAAGGCACGCACGUUGACACUGAAGAAAGGCGACGAAACGUGCGAGAAGACCAAGAAGAUCGAAAAGAAGUGCAAGAAAGCAUGCCGGUAUGUGAAGGGCACAUGGAGUCAAUGUAACUCGCAUAACGAGAUGAUCAGGACGGACACGCUCAAGGAUCCGUCUACUGAAAACUCAAACUGCGAGAAGACCAGACAGAUCACGAAAAAGUGCAAAAGCAAGGGACGGGGUAAUAAAGGUAACAAGCAAACACGCAACAGGCAGUAAGCACGACAAAUCACCAUGAAAACACGCAAACAAUAAGCGCGUAAACGUGUAUAACAAAACAAAAAAUAAAAUUAAAAAAAUAUCCAAUAAAUUUCCGUCUCAUCAUCUCCUCUUCUUCCUCGUCCAUCGUGUGUGUAACCGUUCAAACUUCAAGUAUAACAUUCACCCCAUCCCCGUUGUCACAUUCAACUUCAAUGAUUUUGCUUUAAUCGUAUACAAUAUAUACAUAAUAAUAAUUAAGUUUAAAUAUAAUUAUAAUGUUAUCUAUCUAUAUAUAUAUACAUUAACAUAUUAUAUUGUGAUUGUAUUAUAUAUUGAAAUGAUAAUAUUAAUAUCUAUGUACCUAUAUUAUAAUAUAUUAUAAACGAUGAACAGAGUGUUUUCGUAUCGUAGGGUUAAUUUUCUAGAUCAUAAACAUAAAAAAAUUACAUUAUAAACUUCAAAAACAAAUUUAAGAUCAAAUCAAUAUAUUAUAUUAUAUUCUCACAAUUAUUAUUAUUAUUAUUACUAUUAUUAUUUUUUAUUAUUUUUACUACUCAUAUAUAUACAUUAUAAUAGCAGUUUCGAACAAUUUUUUAAUACAUAGAUAUAUAAUAAUAAUAAUAACAUUAUUAUCUAUUUACGGUGUUUAUUUAGAAUCAUGAUAUAUUAUAUUAAAUUAUAUAAAAAUCAUGAUAAAAUACGCUUCAUUCCAAAAGUUCAAACGAUAAAAACAUUAUUAUUUUAGAGCGGUCUUCUGUUGCUGCAUCUUGAUUAUCAUUAUCAUUAUUAUUAUUUUUAUUAUUAUUAUUAUUAUUAUUAUCAUUAUACUAUUAUUAUCAUUAUUAUAUUAUUAUUAUUUUUUUUUUUUCAUUAAUAUAUAUUAUAAUAUAUUAUAUUAUAUAGAUGAUGUACGAAUAGUUUAUAUAAGUUGUUUUUAUAGGCUUGAUUUGUCUAGAGUAGGGGAUAUAUUAUAUACUCCUGACUUUGAUUCUUCUAAUUUUAGCAGCGCAUGAUUUUGUAAAACCAAUAAAAAAUUUUCAAAAAAACAA